GCGGGCUUUGGGUGUCACGUGGUUUUCUUUUCCGCGCGAAAAGUGACUUCCGGCAAGCAGGAGCAGAAAGCAGCUUCAGACACACAAGCAGCGCAGCAAUGGCGGAUUCCUCCGAGUCGUUCCACAUGGCCACCAGCCCCAGCCGGGCCUCCAGGAGAGGAGACCUGACCUCCAGCCCCGGCCGGGACCUCCCUCCCUUCGAGGACGAGUCCGAGGGCCUGCUGGGCGACGGCCCCCUGCCUGAGGAAGAGGAGGAGGAGGAGGCGGACGGGGAGGAGCUGAUCGGGGACGGGAUGGAGAGGGAUUACCGGGCGAUCCCGGCGCUGGACCGCUACGAGGCCGAAGGUCUGGACCUGGACGACGAGGAUCUGUCGGAGCUGUCGCAGGGAGCCCGGAACGCCGCGGAGGAGGAGAUGAGGAGGCGGGACCGGGCGCAGGGGAUCAGCGGGAGGCUGAGGAGAGGGCUGCUUUACGACAGCGAAGACGAGGACGACGAGCGUCCCGCUGCCAGGCGGCGGCGGCUGGCCGAGCGCGCCGCCGAGGGCGUCGUGGACGGCGAGGAGGAGGAGAUGAUCGAGAGCAUCGAGAACCUGGAGGACAUGAAGGGCCACACGGUGAGGGAGUGGGUUUCCAUGGCGGCGCCGCGACUUGAGAUCUACAACCGCUUCAAGAACUUCCUGCGGACCCACGUGGACGAGAACGGCCACAACGUCUUCAAGGAGAAGAUCAGCGACAUGUGCAAAGAGAACAGGGAGAGUCUGGUGGUGAACUAUGAAGAUCUGGCAGCCAGGGAGCACGUCCUGGCCUACUUCCUGCCUGAGGCGCCCACUGAGAUGCUCAAGAUUUUCGAUGAAGCGGCCAAAGAAGUCGUCCUCGCCAUGUACCCGAAAUACGACCGCAUCGCUCAUGAGAUCCACGUCCGGAUCUGCAACCUGCCUCUGGUCGAGGAGAUCCGAGCGCUCAGGCAGCUGCAUCUGAACCAGCUGAUCCGGACCAGCGGCGUGGUGAGCAGCUGCACCGGCGUCCUCCCGCAGCUCAGCAUGGUCAAGUACAACUGCAACAAGUGCAACUUCGUGCUGGGACCCUUCUUCCAGUCCCAGAACCAGGAGGUGAAGCCGGGCUCCUGCCCCGAGUGUCAGUCCCAGGGGCCGUUUGAGAUCAACAUGGAGGAGACCGUGUACCAGAACUACCAGAGGAUCACCAUCCAGGAAAGUCCUGGGAAAGUGGCGGCCGGCCGCCUGCCGCGCUCCAAGGACGCCAUCCUGCUGGCCGACCUGGUGGACAGCUGCAAGCCUGGAGACGAGAUCGAGCUGACCGGAAUCUACCACAACAACUACGACGGCUCCCUGAACACGGCCAACGGCUUCCCGGUGUUCGCCACCGUCAUCCUGGCCAAUCACGUCACCUGCAGGGACGAGGGCGUCGCCGUGGCGGAGCUCACCGACGAGGACGUGAAGGCCAUCGUGGCGUUGUCGAAGGACGAGCGGAUCGGGGAGAGGAUCUUCGCCAGCAUCGCUCCGUCCAUCUAUGGUCACGAGGACAUCAAGCGAGGCCUGGCUCUGGCUCUGUUCGGAGGAGAGGCUAAAAACCCAGGUGGGAAGCAUAAGGUGCGCGGGGACAUCAACAUGCUGCUGUGCGGAGACCCGGGAACCGCCAAGUCCCAGUUCCUCAAGUACGUGGAGAAGGUGGCGAGCCGCGCCGUGUUCACCACGGGUCAGGGGGCGUCUGCUGUCGGCCUGACGGCGUACGUCCAGAGGCACCCGGUGAGCCGCGAGUGGACGCUGGAGGCCGGCGCGCUGGUGCUGGCCGACCGCGGCGUCUGUCUGAUCGACGAGUUUGACAAGAUGAACGACGCCGACAGGACGAGCAUCCACGAGGCCAUGGAGCAGCAGAGCAUCUCCAUCUCCAAAGCCGGCAUCGUCACCUCGCUGCAGGCCAGGUGCACCGUCAUCGCCGCCGCCAACCCCAUCGGCGGCAGGUACGACCCAUCGCUCACCUUCUCUGAGAACGUGGACCUGACGGAGCCCAUCGUGUCGCGUUUCGACGUGCUGUGCGUCGUCAGAGACACCGUCGACCCCGUGCAGGAUGAGAUGCUGGCGCGCUUCGUCGUCGGCUCCCACAUCAAGCACCACCCCAGCAACAAGGAAGCGGGCGUGGCCCUGGAGGACGUGAUCCUGCCCAACACCUCGGACGUGCCGGGGAUCCCUCAGGAGCUGCUCAGGAAGUACAUCAUCUACGCCAAGGAGCGGGUUCACCCCAAGCUGAACCAGAUGGAUCAGGACAAGGUGGCCCGCAUCUACAGCGACCUGCGCAAGGAGUCCAUGGCCACGGGCAGCAUCCCCAUCACGGUUCGUCACAUUGAGUCCAUGAUCCGCAUGGCGGAGGCCCACGCCAAGAUGCACCUGCGGGACUACGUCCUGGAGGACGACGUCAACAUGGCCAUCAGGGUGAUGCUGGAGAGCUUCAUCGACACGCAGAAGUUCAGCGUCAUGAGGAGCAUGAGGAAGACGUUCGCCCGCUACCUGGCGUUCCGGCGGGACAACAACGAGCUGCUGCUCUUCAUCCUCAAGCAGCUGGUGGCCGAGCAGGUGGCGUACCAGCGGAGCCGCUACGGAGUCCAGAGCGACGCCGUCGAGAUCCCGGAGAAGGACCUGCACGACAAGGCGAGGCAGAUCAACAUCCACAACCUGUCGGCGUUCUACGACAGCGAGCUGUUCCGCCACAACAAGUUCAGCCACGACGGCAAGAAGAAGCUGAUCCUGCAGCAGUUGUGAGGAGGAGACCCCCCCCCCCCCCCCCCCCCCCCUCCAUCCCCCUCAGUGACGAGGAAAGACGUUUCUCUGCUGCUGCUGUAAAUAAAUGUACAUGUUUGAUACGAGGGUUUCUGGCCGUAGAUGUUUGUAGUUGUGCUGGAAGCGACUAUUAAUGAAGCUUAACGAUGGAAAAGGAU